UUGGAGCUCCGUUAUGAGAGACCUGAGCGGAAGAAAAUAAAGACGUCGUAUUCACUAGUUUAAGGUGAUCAGGGUUUAUACAAAGUUAAACCAAUCUUUACCCAACUACACUCAGUGAUAUUGUUUUUAUAAAACCUGUGAUAUUAAUUCUUCAGUUUAUGCUCCCAGAAAACCGGCGCCCAGCACCUGAAAAUGUUAAAGUACUAAAGGAAGAAUUAUUGUAGACAGAAUAAAACUAUUCGUACAGAUGUGAUUGGUGAAUACCUCUACAUAGUGUACGGACGAAUAUUAUCCAGAGAUUCUCUAACUAUAUACAGUGAGAUCUAGUGGAACUAUCGGAGUCAGGAUGUUAGAAACCGUCGUAUCAACUUCAUCCUUCCUUAAUAUCAAAUCAGAGACAGUUCAACGACUUGAACCCCUCCCAUGGGAGUGCUCCCAGCAGUUCCCCGAAUCUAAUUCCAAGUUUAGUCCUAUAAAACAGGAAAUUAUCGAAACCUUCGAAAUGAGUCUAAACCAGCCACAGAAUGAUUUCACGGAACUGAAACCCAUCCCAUUUGAUUACAGCUCAACUAGUCUUACCGGUCUGGAUCCGGUUUUAAAUAACAAUAACAACAAUAACAACAACAAUAAUAAAAUGGCAGAUCUGUAUAUCAAUAUAAAACCCCUUAGUCCAGACUUCCACAGAGAACAUUUCCCUUUUAACGCUUCUCCUUCCGACGUUACAUCCAGUGGCUCCAUUAGUCCCCAGGGAAUGACGAAAAUAGAUUUUUCCACCGAUCAGAACGCGUUUGACGAUCUUGGAAACAUCGUAGGAAUGUCGGUGGGUGCAGACUCGACCGUUCCAUCAAUCGAGAACGAUCUUGAUAUCGAGGCCUGGAUCGAAAACACGGCACAGGACAUCAAACCUCUAGCUAUUCUUCCAAACGACGGUGGGUUCGAUAUUCAUUCGUCCAGCUCCGAAAAUUUGCAUUCUAUUAGCAACCACACCCUCACCAACACACAGUCUUACAUAGGCUCCCUUUCUUCUUUGAUCAAGGGCUCCAGGAUGACUAUUGUGGAACCCAGAGACUCUUUUCAACCAAAUUUAUCUCCGAUCCUCCGCGGAGCGAUCACCGGGACGUAUCCUCUCAGCUAUCCCCAGAUCAAGUUUGAGAGUGUAGAGAUGAUGAAACCCGACUACUACCAGGAGCAGAUGCCGCACAGCACAGUCAACUCUAUCUCAGAUCACAGAAGAAUGGGUUCAGACGGAAUCAUUAGAUCCAAACCAAAGCCACCGAAGAUUAGACAGAGAUCCUUGAUGGGAAGUGCUGGUUCGAGUCCAGGCGGAGAUCAAGGAAAGAAGAUGAUGCACCAUUGUCAUGUUUGCAAUAGAGGAUUUCUCAACAAAUCCAACAUUAAGGUGCAUCUACGAACACAUACUGGAGAGAAACCCUUCGGUUGUGAGCACUGCUCUAAAGCGUUCCGACAGAAAGCGCAUCUGUUGAAGCACAUGUCGAUCCACAAGCGCAUUUCCCGGGACUAGAUGGAUCCGGAACCUGGAGGAUCCGGAUAGAUCCAGAGAUAUCCGGAUAUCUCUCAACACUCGGAUAUAUGUAGAGUAUCCAUAGAACUGAACUGAAUACCCCGUCUCUCAGAUUUAGCCACUUAAAGCUAGUCAGACUCUGGAGAGAGAGACAUGUGAUAGCUUAAUUAUUAUAUAAACAAUUCUUCCCAAACUUAUAUCCUGAAUCUCCAUGUUUGAAUCUCUUGUCUUCCAUGUUUCCUUCCAUAUAUUGGUUUACCACGAGGCUGUUUUAUAUCCUUUGUGAAAAUUUUGGAGUUCUGAAGAAUCUCAAAUUUUUGUUUUUGUUUUUUAUUGUUGAUUUGAAAUCGGCCGGUUGAUAGGUUGGAAUUUCAAAAUGGUGGUGGAAAUAUGGCCGCCAUCAUAUUUUGGGCUUCCGAUAAAAAUUUGUUAAAACUACAUUAGUUUCUUUGCUUCAUCCUUCCCUUUGUGAAAUUAUUUCUGCCAAUGUUGCAGUUACAUUCAGCAAAUAUUCCGGAAAAAAAUCGAAUAAUAACUCUACAUGAUUUAAACAACUCAUCUAGUCCUUUAAUUCACUUUUCCUUCUUUAUAAAUAUUUAGAGCAAUGCGCUCAGAAUUUAUUCCUUUAAUCCAAAUCCCUCCCUCUCCCCUAAUAACGUUUUCCCCAACAGCUUUAUUUUGCAAUAUGGGUUUUCCUAAAGUUUACAUUUUCAAAAUUGUCCCACACAAAAAACUCAACUUAAAUUGUAUACAUUCUAACAUUUUUUGGAACAAAUAAAAAUAAUUUGAGGCUUUAAAUCCAUAAACAUUCCACUCCGCCCAUCAUUAAGUCCCAGCUCCAACUAUUCCAUAUCUAAAAAGGACCAAAAAUACUUUUUUUUGUAAACUUUAACUCUGAACCGAAGAAACUGUGGUAUAGAAAUUAAUGGUUACAAACGCACACGUCUCAACCUAUUUAUGUAUUACAUAUAGACCCCUGUACUGCCUAGAGAAACUUAUUAUAUUUUCACAAUUUUAUAUUAUUCAUAUAUUUUGUUAAAAUGUGUCUCACCCUGUAGUUCACGCAGUUUAUUAGAAUGAAAAAGUGGAUUUCUGUUUAUUAUAAAAUCCCAAAAUUUUUAUGUAAAUAAAAAUGAUUGGGUCACCUCAAAGUUCAGAAAUGACUUAUUUUUCUCUUUAAAAUUUGACUUGUUACCAGCAACGACAACAAUUGUGUUACCACCCGAUGUUAGUAAAAUUUAAGUACUUAUAUAUUAAAAUAUAAAGUGAUUUUAUAUAUACAAGAUCUUGCUUUAAUAAUACCCUUGCUAGUUAUCUAGACGAACAAUGUGUUAUUUUUUCAAAAUCUUGUUAAUUUCCGCUAAAUAUGUAAUUUCGUUAAUGGUUUAUUACAGAAUAUA